CCGCGUUUUGACGCGAGCUGACAGCUGACUCGUGAAAUCUCAUUUCAUAUCGAUCGUGACGCUGAUUCGCUGGCGGUGCGGGAGCAAUCACCAGAAAGUCAGCCCCGGGGGCGGCGGAAAGCUUCCUCACGAGUCCUUCUACCUAAGAAUGGAGAGCUUCCUCGAAGGCUGUCCCCCCGACGAUUUCCAUAUCGCCGAUGCACAGGGCGUGUUCCAAUGCAUAUUCUGCGGGGACUUCUUCUCAGAGCGAAGCGCCCUUGACGCCCAUUUGCCCAGCCAUGUGACGCCCGGCGACAGCUCGGCACGCGAAAAAGCUCUGAAGUGCCCAGUGUGCAAUUACGAGGUCUGGAGUGAGGAUGACUUUGAGAGUCAUCUCAAGAGCCACGUCCUAGGGUACAAAUGCAUCUUCUGUGACUUCACGACCGUGAAACGAAGUAAGCUCCGGAGUCACCUCCCCGAGCACGCCUUUGAGAGAAACUUCAAAUGCGACCUCUGUGGUUUAGGCUUCUGCAAAAAAGAUCUCCUCAAGCGCCACCUCAAAACGCACGGUCCGAAAACCCUGGCGUGCACUCAGUGCGAAUACAGAACUUUCGGAAAACGUAUUCUCCGGGAGCACAUAGCGACGAAACACGAAGUGAAGAAUCUCUAUAAAUGCAAGGAAUGCAGCAGCGAAUUCAAACAUUCUGGCGAUCUCGGGAUCCAUAAACGGAAGGUCCACAAAGCUCAGUGGAGUAAGUUCGGGCGGAGCGAUAUGAAACGAUGUCCAGACUGUCCUUUCGAGACGAAACGGAAGUACGAGUACGUUUUCCAUCGGCUAGAGCGACACGAAAAUUUCCCGAUAAUCCAGGAAGACCCGAUGAUCAAGUGUGGUUUCGAAGAAUGCUCGUUUCAAGCGGAUGACGAGUUGAAAUUCGUCAAUCACGUGCAAUCUAAGCACAAUCCGGACGGGAUGUGCAGACUUUGUGAUAAAUCUGGAUGUGAACACCUCAAGACGAAAUACUACCGGACGAAACCUAAGAAAGAGCAGAGAGUACCCGGACCGGCAACUCUCCUCGAAAAUGUACAGAAGCUGUAGAUGUCCGGCUCGAAUGGGGUCGACGCAAAAGAGGAACUGCGUGUGAGUUCAGCGAUCUCUCAGCACACGGGAACCCACAGGAUUUUCGUCGAUAUUCCAGAGGCUCGGUCCGAUAGCAAUCACAUUUUUUCCGAGUAUCUCAAAGCACACAGGAAGAAGCCCGCAGGGACAAAUGAUCAUGCUCUCGGAGCUGCUCGAAACGAACCGUUUUCUGAUGUAAUAGGAUUCCGGUAUGAGCCUCGCUAGCGCGCGUGGCAGAGGAAAAAGGAGCGACGAUGAAUGAAUAAAGUCUU